AUGAGUAAUCAUCAUCAUCACACCGAUUCGUGUUCUCAUGGCUCACAAGCAAAUCCAUACGCUCAGAGUUUAGACGAAUUGGACUUUCAGAGAUCAUUACACUACGCGUCGAUGGUUGGGGACGUUGGUCGAGUAAAAACCAUAAUUUCUAAGAAAGGCUUCACAAUUGUAAACGAAAUUGACACAGCCGGUUUCACCCCCUUGCAUUAUGCAUCCCGCAAUGGUCAUUUGGAAAUUUGUCGAAUUUUACUAGAAAGUGGUGCAAAUGUUAAUGCUGUGACUCCUGAGCUACUUUCAACA